GUCGUACUUAUUUUUAUUAACUGUGCCACAAACUGCUUUCGAUUUCCCCGAAUUGUUGAGCUUCACAAUAAGCCGGAAAAGGGGACAACGUCGCCCCCUGUCGACAUGCGAGCCCCUUGCGUCUCUACAAUAAAAGCUCCAUCAUCCUCCUGCGGAGAGAGCAUCGUUUCGGUGGAGUCGGGGCGUCCUCCCAGCUCCUCUCAUGACUGCUGACUAGGGUCGCUCAUCGACGCACAAAGCAGAGGGAUACACGGACAACAUUAAUGGCGAAGCACCGUCCCGACAGAGACAGCUGGGGUGAGUGGUCCCUCAGCGACAAAAAUGUUUACGACUGGAGCUCGGAGGAGGAGGAGCCGGACGGAAGGGCCCGGCCCGUGCAGGUGCUGCUGGUCAAAGACGACCACACCUUCGAGCUGGACGAGUCGGCUCUGAACCGGAUCCUGCUGUCCGAGGAGGUCAGAGACCGGGAGGUGGUGGCCAUCUCCGUGGCCGGGGCCUUCCGCAAGGGCAAGUCCUUCCUCAUGGACUUCAUGCUGCGCUACAUGUACAACCACGCGGCGGAGGAUUGGCUCGGAGCCGCAGAAGAGCCUCUGACCGGCUUCUCCUGGAGGGGCGGCUCCGAGAGGGAGACCACCGGGAUCCAGAUCUGGAGCGAAGUCUUUCUGGUGGACAAACCAGACGGAAGGAAGGUGGCUGUUUUGCUAAUGGACACACAGGGCACGUUUGACAGCCAGUCGACGCUGAGGGAUUCAGCCACCGUGUUCGCUCUGAGCACCAUGAUAAGCUCCAUGCAGGUUUACAACAUCUCACAGAAUGUACAAGAGGACGAUCUUCAGCACCUCCAGCUUUUUACCGAGUACGGCCGACUAGCAAUGGAGGAGACUUUCCUCAAACCGUUCCAGUCCAUGAUUUUCCUGGUUCGAGACUGGAGCUUUCCGUACGAGUUUACCUACGGACAGGAAGGAGGCAUGAAGUUCCUGGAGAAGAGGCUGAAGAUCUCAGAGAACCAGCAUGAGGAGCUGCAGAACGUGCGUAAACACAUCCACUCCUGCUUCACCAACAUCUCCUGUUUCCUGAUGCCUCACCCCGGCCUCAAAGUGGCCACCAACCCACACUUUGACGGAAGAAUUAAAGAGAUUGACGGCGAGUUCAUAAACAACCUGAAGAUUCUGGUCCCCUGGCUCCUCAGCCCUCGUAACAUCGACGUCAAGGAGAUCAAUGGCAGCAAAAUCACCUGCAGAGGCCUGGUGGAGUAUUUCAAGGCGUACAUCAAGAUCUACCAAGGUGAGGAGCUCCCACAUCCGAAGUCCAUGCUACAGGCCACAGCAGAGGCGAAUAAUUUAGCAGCCGUCGCAGCUGCAAAAGAUCUGUACAACAAGAAAAUGGAGGAGGUCUGUGGAGGCGACCGGCCCUUCCUGGCCCCCAACGAGCUGCAGGCCCGGCACAGCGCCAUCAGAGAAGAGGCCCUGCAGGUGUUCCGGGGCGUGAAGAAGAUGGGCGGCGAGGAGUUCAGCCGGCGCUACCUGCAGCAGCUGGAGGGGGAGAUCGAUGAAGUGUUCGUCCAGUACAUCAAGCACAAUGACUCCAAGAACAUUUUCCACGCGGCCCGCACGCCGGCCACGCUCUUCGUGGUCAUCUUCGUCAUGUACGUGGCGGCGGGCAUCACGGGCUUUGUGGGCGUGGACAUCAUCGCCAGCCUGUGUAACAUGAUCCUCGGCCUGGCGCUGAUCACCCUCUGCACCUGGGCGUACAUCCGGUACUCUGGGGAGUACAGAGAACUGGGAGCCGUCAUCGACCAGGUGGCUGGAGCUCUGUGGGACCAGGGGAGCACAAAUGAGGCUCUCUACAAGCUCUACAAUGUAGCGGCCAAUCACAGGCACCUGUACCACCACGCCUUCCCCGGGCCUCAGGUGGACGAGGUCCCCGAGGAGCAGGACAAGAAGAGGGACUGAUUACGUAUAAAAGUCAGACGACAGCAGGGACUUUCCUCGUGAUGGACAGGGGAGGAGUAGGAAGAAGAAGAAGAAGAAGAAGAAGAGGAGGAGGUACAUCCUCACCCAUCAGGACACUCUUUUAUCCACCACUACUUUAAUCCUUAUAAUGUUCACACGUAGUUUAAUGUCAGGGCGUCUCCUCGGCUCCUCGGAGGCUGCUUUCAAGCGAUGGAUGCAACGUUUCUUCAUCUCUCACCUUUUUUGUCUGUGGAGAAAUAAGGAAAACACACACCUGUACAGACACUGUAUGCACUCUGCUGGAGGAGACCUCUGCGUGUCCGGCUUCACCACCUGUCUCAGAUUUUUAUUUAUUUAUUUAUGUAUUUAUUUAUUUUUUUUAAAAACAAAAGCAUAGCCCAACAUGUGAGAUCCCGCCCCCCCUCCCGUUCCCUCCCUACACAUUCGUGAAGAUCGUUCAGUUCCGUUGAAGUUUAGUGCCGUUUAUAAAGAACAAUAUCUAACGAAAGCCAAAAUAUCUACUGUGUGUCAAGUAAUGAAGCGUUAUCAUCAGCAUGGUAAAUGGUUAGUGUCUGUCAUCUUUUAAGCUCUAAAAACCAGGUAUAUAAAAACAAAAAGUAAUUUAAUGGUCGUGACGAAAGUGCCAUAAACAUGUAAAGCUUAGUGGGACGCUCUAGUGGGGCACAUUUAUUGAGUAUAUUUGCUUUUGGUGGAUCACAUCAGGCUGGCGUGUACAUAGGAGUAGCAGGCAGCGGAGGACGGGAAGCGAAAGGACAACAAAGUUUACACAACAUGAUCUCUCACUUUAUAGUCCGCUUGCAGUUUUGUAAUUCUCUCUCUCGCUAUAUAUAUAUGUGUGUGUGUAUGUGUGUGUGUUUUGGCUUUUGAGAGACUUCAUUCAUUGUGCAGGAGGCGUUCGUUCGUUCGGUCGGUCGGUCAGAGCCAAUGUUUUGUUGUGUUUCUCGCCGAAUGUUCGAGCAAAAAAAAAAAAAAAACGAAACAAAAAAAACCCGAGGAAUGUAGCCGUCCCGCGGCCGCCGCCGCCGUAGAGGAAUCAAAGCUUCGUGUUAUGAGGUGUGGCGACGAAAAAAAAAGAAAAGAAAGAAAGAAAGGAUCCUCAUUCCACGUCUAUUUCAUCAUCUUCACACACUGAAGGCGGUUUUCCAAAAACAGCUUGCAUUUGUAUAAAAAAGAAAAAGAAAAAGAGGCUUGUAGUGGUGUGUGUGUGUGUGUGUUAACUGCGCUUCUUGUUUUGAGCUCAUUCAAACUUUUGCUGUGACCUGGCAAAAAAAAAAAAAAAAAAAAAAAGAGCUGCAGCAUACAAACUUUUUUUUUUUUUUUUUUUUUUCUCUCCUCGCCUCAUUACAGGAACACUGUCAUGCAUAUUUAGCAAGUUUAUAGUGAGGUUUGACCUCAAGGCCUGAAAAUUGAAAGGCACUGCAGCAGAGUGGCUUCUCAAGUCUUCCACAAUGUAUAAUCAGCAUCACACAGAGAGCCGUCGGUUUAAGAUACGUCAAGUUUUACGUGUUUUUUUGUUUUUUGUUUUGUUUUCAUUUUCACGACUGUGUUCUUCUGGGCGUCCGUUCAUGAGUCAGAGACGUACUGUAGUAUCUGUUUACAUUGUGUUGGAAGAUUCAAGUCUGUUAGGAGAAAGAAAAAAAAAAAACUAAACAAAAAACUAUUUGUUCCCAAAGCUCAUCGACGCUGAAAUCAUCUCCGGAUACGGUGGGAGCCUCUUUGAUAAAGGUCAAAUGAAUAAAAGUCAAGCUUCCCACUCUGCUUAGUUUCAGCACACGCACUUGCAAAAAUUUCAGUUACAAAGAUUAAUAAAGUUGGACCAAAUUAAUGAAAUCCA